CAUUACAGUGUUACUGCCAUCUAUGUACAAAAGACAACUUUACAUGUGUGACAGAUGGACUAUGUUUUACCUCAGUAACACGAACUGCAGACAAAGUCAUACACAAUAGUAUGUGUAUAGCAGAAAUUGAUCUGAUUCCCCGAGACAGGCCAUUUGUUUGUGCCCCCUCCUCCAGAGAUGGAGUCAUUACUUUGCCUCAUUGCUGUGACAAAGACCACUGCAAUAAAAUAGAACUUCCAAUUCCAACACCAGGCCCUACUCCAGGAAAACCAGCUUCUAAUCUAGGACCUGUGGAACUGGCUGCUGUCAUUGCUGGACCUGUCUGCUUUGUCUGCAUUUCACUAAUGUUGAUUCUGUAUCUCUGUCAUAAUCGUACUGUCAUUCAUCAUCGUGUACCAAGUGAAGAAGAUCCCUCACUGGAUCGUCCCUUUAUAUCAGAGGGAACUACUUUAAAGGAUUUAAUUUAUGAUAUGACAACUUCAGGCUCUGGGUCAGGUUUACCUUUACUUGUGCAAAGAACAAUUGCAAGAACUAUAGUACUUCAAGAAAGCAUUGGUAAAGGUCGCUUUGGAGAAGUCUGGCGAGGAAAGUGGAGAGGAGAAGAAGUUGCUGUGAAGAUCUUCUCUUCAAGAGAGGAACGCUCAUGGUUUCGUGAAGCAGAAAUCUAUCAAACAGUUAUGCUACGGCAUGAAAACAUUCUUGGAUUUAUAGCUGCAGACAACAAAGACAAUGGUACAUGGACUCAGCUGUGGUUGGUGUCAGACUAUCAUGAGCAUGGAUCACUCUUUGAUUACCUGAACAGGUAUACAGUAACAGUGGAAGGAAUGAUAAAAUUAGCUUUGUCCACUGCCAGUGGUCUUGCUCAUCUUCACAUGGAAAUUGUUGGCACGCAAGGCAAACCAGCAAUUGCCCACAGAGAUUUGAAAUCAAAAAAUAUAUUGGUAAAAAAGAAUGGAACAUGCUGCAUUGCAGACCUAGGAUUGGCGGUUAGGCAUGAUUCAGCUACAGACACAAUUGAUAUUGCCCCAAACCACAGAGUGGGAACAAAAAGGUACAUGGCACCUGAAGUUCUAGAUGAUUCCAUAAAUAUGAAACAUUUUGAGUCAUUCAAACGAGCAGACAUCUAUGCAAUGGGAUUAGUGUUUUGGGAAAUAGCUCGGCGAUGUUCAAUCGGUGGAAUCCAUGAAGAUUACCAGUUGCCAUACUAUGACCUCGUUCCUUCAGAUCCUUCUGUUGAAGAAAUGAGGAAAGUUGUGUGUGAGCAGAAGUUAAGGCCCAAUAUUCCAAACAGAUGGCAGAGCUGUGAGGCAUUACGAGUAAUGGCAAAGAUUAUGCGGGAAUGCUGGUAUGCCAACGGAGCUGCUAGGCUAACAGCUUUGCGCAUUAAGAAAACGUUAUCGCAACUUAGUCAACAGGAGGGGAUAAAGAUGUAAUCCUGGAUUUGCUACCGAAGAAUACUGUAAAAAAUCCAUAUCUGCACCAGAGUGGCGUGUUAAGAAGGUUAAUUGUUCUACCUCAUUGGGGGAACAGAAGGAUAUUGCUGCCUUUUAGUACUUCAUAGGAACGUCGCUUAUUAGGAUUUUUGUGGACAUACUGAACAGUUGUGUUGAGUCCUUUCUGUGCACUAUGAACCUCUUUCCCAGGUUACUUACAAAACAUUGUGUAGUCUAGUUUUAUUUUUAUUAAUCUAUAAUUUUUUAUUUGCAAAGCUAAUAGCUGGUCUUAACUUCUAGUUAACCGUACUAAAAAUUGGAGGUCACUUUUAAAAUGGAACUGGUUCCCUAUAUUGUCCUAGAGUGCAUUGGUAGCUCUUUAAGCAACUUUAUUCCUAGCUAGUACAUUGACUAUUCUGAACCACUGUCACAGUUCUUUGAUUCAGAUUGUGAAUGUACUGUUGGAGUAUACUUUGCUAGUUAUUAAGGUAAUCUAUCUUUUGGACUCUUACCUUGAUUUACAAAUGGACCUCAUUCAGUUGUGGGAACAUAAUUUAUGCAACUAUACUUUAUACAUGA